UCUUUCUUUGUUUUUGGUUUUGUUAUUGAUAUUCUUUAUAUUUCGAAAUUUACGCUGCACAGUAACAUGGUUGAAAUAUUUCAAAUUUGGUGAUCCUAUCUUCAUAGAAUAUGGCUGCUACAUUUUAUUACCAACCUGCGGGACUUCAUGGUUGGGGCAUUGAUGUCCCUUCCCCUGGAUCUUCUAGAAAAUUCGGGAGAUUCCUCUCAACGCGUUUUGCGAAGCACAAAUUGCAUCCAAUUCAUGCGUCCAUUUCUGACGACUCAUCAUCAUCUGAGAGUACUUUGAUAUUGAUUCGUCAUGGUGAGUCUUUGUGGAAUGAGAAGAACUUGUUCACUGGAUGUUGUGAUGUGCCUUUGACCAAGAAAGGUGUGGAGGAAGCCAUUGAAGCUGGUAAGAGGAUUAGCUAUAUACCGGUUGAUAUGAUUUAUACAUCUGCACUGAUUCGAGCACAGAUGACAGCUAUGCUUGCACUGACUCAGCACCGCCAGAAGAAGAUUCCUAUUAUCAUCCAUAAUGAGAGUGAACAGGCAACAACUUGGACUCGAGUUUUCAGUGAAAAAACUGCUAAGCAAUCAAUUCCAGUUAUAACAGCUUGGCAGUUGAAUGAAAGAAUGUAUGGGGAGUUACAGGGUCUUAAUAAACAGGAGACUGUGGAAAGAUAUGGGAAGGAGCAAGUGCAUGAGUGGCGUCGGAGUUAUGAUAUUCCUCCUCCCAAGGGUGAGAGCUUGGAAAUGUGUUCGCAGAGAGCUGUUGCCUAUUUUAAAGAUUUUAUUGAACCCCAACUAAAAUCAGGAAAGCACGUGAUGGUUGCUGCUCAUGGGAACUCAUUGAGGUCUAUUAUAAUGUAUCUUGACCAAUUAACUUCUCAAGAGGUCACUAGUUUAGAAUUAUCAACUGGGAUACCGUUGCUCUACAUAUAUAAAGAGGGGAUGUUUAUCAGUAGAGGAAGUCCUGUGGGACCUACAGAAGCUGGUGUUUAUGCAUAUACUCGGAGCUUAGCUGUUUACAGACAACAGUUGGAUGAAAUGUCACAUUGAAUUUAUUGAUCCUUCUUCAAGUAAAAGAUCAAAAUGGUAUAAUUAGCUAUAUUCAUUUUUGGGUGGAUGGCUUCGUAGUUUACUUUCUGGGUGUGGCCUUUCUUGAGAAUUAAUUUUUUCUUCUCGUACACCCUUCAAACCCUUUGAAGAUUAUCGGAAGGAGCUUAUCAAUACUUGACAGUUUCAAAUCUGUGGUGGCGAAACAUGGAAGCCCUGAAUUUUUUCUGCACUAUACAACUAGAAAUGCAGUCUUGCCCCAAAACAGUUUUGGUUAGAGAUGGAUAGUGUAAAAUAAUAUGGGUAAUGUAAGUCUAGAAUUUGAUUGUGUCUGAAUGGAAGUGGACUUAUAUAGGUAUAAUAGCUGACAUGCCCAUGUUUUUAGAACUCAACAGGGAGAUGAAUUUACGGUUGAAGAAUGAAA